CCUGCCAAGAGAUCCUCCACUGCCUGCCUCGACCAUGGCGGUACCGAUGUCUGACCUCAGCCCCAGUGAGCUCCAAGAGCGCCUCGCACGAUGGUCAACGCGACUGCAGAGUCUACCCAGCAUAGCCUUGCCAACCGACUACCCACGCCCAUCCUCGACGCAGUUGGUACAGGCCCUCACCUCCUCUGCGCUCUCUCCUCGCACCAGCAGCGCUCUACUCCGACUGGCACUUCAUCAUGACCUCGAACUGCAUCCCAAUGGACAAGCCGACGAUAGCGAUGAUGUCGACGAAGACGACUCCGGCGCCCCAUUGCCGCCCACCUCUUUCCAUCUCCUCCUCGCAGCAUUUACCGUCCUCCUUCACCGCUUCACCGGCGACACUGACAUCGUCAUCGGCUCUUCUUCGCCCUUUAGCGGAGAGCCACUCAUUCUGAGGAUCCCUAUUGAAGCUGGUGACCCUUUCUGGCAACUGGUACGACGUGUGCAGGCCGUCGAAAUGGAGGCAGCCGCAGACAAUGCCCCCUACGAUGACAUUGUCAGGCGGCUAGAGAGGGAGAAGCUUGAUAGAGAAGGCGGACAAGGCGCGGGAUCUUCAGCCCCUGCUGCGCCCAUCUUCCGAGUGCGCUUCUUCGAUGAGACGAGUGGCUCCACCAAGAACUUUCUGCAGAGCACCAGCCUCACCACGGACCUCACCGUCUUUGUUACCAGGCCUGGGGUACAGCCCACCGCUGAGGACACCGGACUGGACAUGUCCUCCAGCACAGAGACGAUCUCGCAGAACAGUGCGCCCACGUCUGCGAGGAGUGCCGCUCGCGAGCCCCUCACUCCAGCGCUUUCAGUGCACAUCUCCUACAACUCCCUCCUCUUCUCUUCCGCUCGGGUCAAUCUCCUUUUGGCUCAAUUAUCUCAGAUCGUCAACGAAGUAUCCCUCAACCCUUCUGUCGCUGUGGGUACAGUCGGCUUGCGCACCUCGGCCGAGAACGCUUUCCUUCCGGACCCAAAAGCCGAUCUCGACUUCUGUGGUUACAUGGGCAGCAUCACCUCCAUCUUUGAGCGCAACGCAAGGGCCCACCCAGAGAAGAGGGCCAUCGCAGAAAGCCUAGCGUCUGACAACAACGCGGCGCUGGUAGACAUGCCACCACCUGCGAGCAAGAUCCGCAACAUCACUUAUGCCCAGCUGGACAGCGCUAGUAACAUCCUCGCCCACCAUCUCCUCAGGGCAGGCGUGCAGAGGGGAGAAGUAGUCACCACAUAUGCCUACCGAGGCGCCGAUCUCGUGGUCAGCGUACUCGCUACUCUCAAGGCUGGAGCCGUCUUCUCGGUCAUCGAUCCAGCUUACCCCCCCGGGCGUCAGAACAUCUACUUGCAGGUCGCAAAGCCCAGAGCUAUUGUGGUACUGGCGAAGGCAGGCUCUCUUCAUCCAACUGUCCGCAAGUGUAUAGCAGAUGAGCUGGAGGUGAGGGUCGAAGUACCUGCGCUGUGCCUCGCAGGAGACGGGAGUCUCACUGGUGGAGAAGGCAGUGACAAGAGAGACGUGCUCGACGACUGCCAGCAGCUUGGGUCCAAGUCUACAAACAUCCUGCUUGGCCCAGACAGUCCAGCUACCCUGUCAUUCACUUCGGGCUCAACUGGCAUCCCAAAAGGCGUAUUCGGUCGACACUUUUCCCUUACACACUUUUUUCCGUGGAUGGGGGAGCGCUUUGGCAUUGGUGCCAAUGACCGCUUCACAAUGCUGAGCGGUAUCGCCCACGAUCCCAUUCAGCGAGACAUGUUUACUCCGCUCUUCUUUGGAGCCGAAUUGCACGUGCCCACAUCCGAUGACAUAGGCACUCCAGGUCGACUCGCCGAAUGGAUGGCGGCGACCAAUGCAACUGUGACUCACCUCACUCCGGCAAUGGGCCAGCUGCUCUCUGCCCAAGCCAGUGCCUCCAUCCCCACACUACGUAAUGCCUUCUACGUCGGCGAUGUGUUGACCAAACGAGACUGCACUCGACUGCAAGCCCUUGCUUCGAAUGUACGCAUCAUCAACAUGUACGGUACGACAGAGACGCAGAGGGCUGUGUCAUACUUUGCCAUUCCUCCCGUGUCGGAAGCACCUACCUUCCUUGCCACUCAAAAGGACAUCAUGCCCGCUGGGCAGGGCAUGAAGGAUGUUCAGUUACUCGUUGUUAAUCGCAACCAAAGGACUGCUACUUGCGGCGUCGGUGAACAAGGAGAGAUCUAUGUUCGCAGCGGUGGAUUGGCAGAGGGCUACCUAGCCUCGGUCGAAGACAAUGCGGCGAAAUUCAUGCCAAACUUCCUUGCUCCUGAUGUGCACUUCAAGGAUACAUUGGCUGGAACCGAUGUUGGAUCAUUCUGGAAAGGUGUGAGGGAUAGAAUGUAUCGUACAGGUGAUCUAGGAAGAUAUCUUCCCGAUGGGACCGUCGAAUGUACGGGGCGAGCCGAUGAUCAGGUCAAGAUCAGGGGAUUCAGGAUUGAGCUGGGCGAGAUCGACACACAUCUCAGUCGCCACCCUCACGUUCGCGAGAACGUGACUCUCGUUCGAAGAGACAAGGACGAGGAGAAGGUCUUGGUUUCAUACUUUGUGCCUGGUCCUGGAGCCAAAGACUUUGAAGAAGUCAGUAGUGCUGGCGAGGAAGAUGCUGCUGCUGCAACAACGGCCAAAAGCCUUGUCAAGGGUAUGAAGAGGCAUCGCCGCCUCAUCAAGGACAUACGAGAGCAUCUCAAGAAGAAGCUGCCGGCCUACUCGGUGCCUACCCUCUUCGUACCUCUCGGCAGGAUGCCGCUCAACCCAAACGGGAAAAUCGACAAGCCAGCUUUGCCAUUCCCUGACACUGCUCUGGCACAAGAUGCUCUGAGCGGAGCCAGCAAGAAGGCUGGCGCUGAGAGCUCUUCCACUCGCGUGCCGACUAAAACAGAGGAGCGUAUCGUUUCUUUGUGGGAGAAGCUUCUUCCCAACGCAGCACGACCUCUGCCGCUAGACGAAUCAUUCUUCGAUGUCGGAGGGCACUCCAUUCUCGCUACGAGAUUGGUCUUCGAGAUGCGAAAGGCCUUUGUCGUCAAUAUCCCUCUAGGGGUGGUCUUUGACCAGCCAACCAUUGAGGGUCUGGCAGGAGAGGUGGAAAAGAUUCAACAGGGCGCACUGUUAUUGGGUGCUGGUGAAGAUGAAGUUGGCAAGGCUGUUCGUCCAAACGGUCAAGGCGAAAUCGAGCAAGCACUUGCUGGUCAGGACAACUACGCACAAGAUCUCCACACUUUGGUUCGAGAACUUGCCGAGACAUUCACCAGUCCCACAUCACAGUCUACUCAAAAAGUCUUCCUCACCGGAGCUACAGGCUUCUUGGGGGCUUUCAUCCUUCGCGACUUGCUAGCUUCUCGAUCCCAAUACAUUACCAAAGUGUAUGUCCACGUCCGAGCUGCCAGCUCGGAUGCAGCGCUGUCGCGUCUCCGAGAGAGCGGACAGGCUCGCAAUGCUUGGAAUGAGGCAUGGAUCACCGAAGGGAGGCUGAAGGUAGUGUUGGGUGAUCUCACGGCAUCCGCCCGAUUGGGAAUGAGCGAAAACGACUACAUCGAGGUCGCACGAGAAGCUGACGCCGUUCUUCACAAUGGGGCUCUCGUCCAUUGGAUCUACCCUUAUGACAAGCUCAAGGCUGCCAACGUCCUCUCCACCUUGUACUGCUUGCAACUCUGUGGGACUGGCAAGCCCAAGACUAUGUCGUUCGUAUCCUCCACUGCUGCAGUCGAGGCUGAUCACUACGUCAGGCUUUCGGACUCGAUGAGGCAGCAGGGCAAAUUUGAGGGAGUACCCGAGACGGACGACCUGGUAGGGUCUUCACACGGUCUCAAGACUGGAUAUGGCCAGUCGAAGUGGGUCGCAGAGAAGCUCAUCAUGACUGCAGCAUCGAGGGGCCUUCGUGCGAGCAUCGUGCGACCUGGAUACGUUGUCGGUGACUCACGAAGCGCUACCACGAACACAGACGACUUCCUGUGGCGACUUGUCAAGGGAUCAGAGCAAUUGGGACUCAUCCCAGAUAUCCACAACACGAUCAACAUGGUACCAGUGGAUCAUGUCGCUCGCAUCUGUGCUUUGGCAUCUAUACAAGCGAGGAAUGAGGAUGGUAACGUUAAGGGAACAGCUGCACGAGUCUACCAUGUUACCGCGCACCCACCAAUCAGGUACAACGAUCUACUCGGCGCAUUGGCAGUCUACGGGUGGGACGUGCGGAAGACCGAGUACGUGGUCUGGCGUUCCAAGCUGGAAGAUCACGUCCUCGAGACGCAGGACAAUGCUCUUUUCCCCCUGCUCCACUUCGUCUUGGACGAUCUGCCCACCUCCACAAAGGCUGCCGAGCUCGACGAUCGUCACACACAGUCGCUAUUGACUUCCUUCGGAGAGGGCCAAGAGAAUCAGACCGUGAUUGCAGGUGUGGAUCAGGAUCUCGUGGGGUUGUACCUUUCGUGGCUGGUAGCUGUCGGUUUCCUCGAGGCACCUGUAAAGGCAGGAAAGAAGCUUCCUGCUAUCGCUGGUGGUGAGGGUCUAAGAGCCAUUGGUCGGGGCUCUGCAGCGAACUAGAGUGUGCAAUGAAAAGAAUAGAGAACGC